AUGGCCCUGGCCAUGGCCUCCUCGGCGCUGCUGCUCCUGAGCCUGGCCCAGGCCGCGCAGGCCCUCUGCUCUCCCACCGUCUUCCAUAGGGAUUGCUGGAUCCGCCGCUUCCCGGGGCUCCUCAUUGACCUGGAGGAGUCUCAGGGGCGCGGGGCCCAGUUCCUGAAGUACUACUCCGAGAACACCGGGCAGAAAUGCAGCCGCAGCUGCUGCCUCCGGAAGGAUGUUUCCUGUAACGUGGCGGUCUUCUUCCAUGACCCCGUUCACGACAACGUCAACUGCCUCCACGUCCACUGCCCGACCCUGGAGAGCUGCAUCCUGGAGCCCAGAGCCGGUGCCAUUCUGUACAACAUAACAGCUGGCGUGGACCCAGACUUGCUGGUCUUUGACCAGUCACCUCACACAUCCCUGAGCUCCCGUGCCUUCUCUGCUCGGGGGGACAGACCGAGGCUCCCAAAAGCCACACACCUCAGUCCUGCAGAGCCACACACGGAGGUGGCAAACCCUCUGCAGCUGCCCCAGGAGGCGCUGCCCUCCACUGCAGAUCAAGACUCAGGCUCAAACACACACCCCAGCGAUUCCAAGGACUUCACCACGGACGCUGGGGUAAGGUCUGUUUCCCCGAGUGACUCCACUGACGACAAGGCCAGUGCUGUGUCACUGGGUGCUGACUUCAGCCACAGUCCAGAUAACAAGACUGUGUCCCCUUUCUUUGGGCCCAUCAACACCAGGCUUUCUCAGGUGCCCGUUCCAUCCCGGCGCAACAGCAGCCAGCCGUUGCUGAACAAAACCAAGGGGUCCAACGCCAGAAACCACACACCUGACGACGAGGAGACGCACGCUGAGGCGCAGCUGGCUUCAGGGACCUGGCUGGCUGCGACGGCCCUGGGUGUCUCCAUCAUCUUCCUCUGCUGCUGUGUCGUCUCCCGGGCAUGGGGGUGCUGUCGGCAGCAACAGGGCCAGCAUGAACCGGGGCAGAGAAAAUGAAGGCCCAGGCAAAGUCAACUGUGCCAUGCGCUGCGGAACUCUUAAAGGUGGGGAGUGAGGUGCAAGCUUUCAGACGCUGUUUCCGUCGUUCCGUUCCGUAAGGCAGUCACCCAGGAUGCCCGCUACAAGCACCCACAAAGGCCCACGCUUCGUGACGCGGCUGCUCUCCCGAACACUGCCUUUCCCUUCCCCGGCCCAGUUCUUGCAGAUUCUGUCUAUUCUCGGCAGCUGUUCCCCAGCUCUGAGUGACAGAGGUCCGCAUGCUUUUGCUACGUUAACUAAGUACACCCUUCCCCGAAAGGCAGGAACACCCCGAUACUAUUGCUGCAGAGUGACGAGUGCCCGUGGCAGAUGAGGGAACUAAGAG